CGUGAAGCUGUGGUAAAGCAGGCAGGCUUUCCCUAUUGAGUCUCUGCAUUUCGUUCAGUUUGCGGCUGCUGUAGUGGAGACCACGUAGGCUUUCCCGGGCAGAGGCACUGGCUUGUGAUAUAUCUGCUCUUUUCUUUUUUUUGUGUGUGUGUGCUCGCAUUUUGGUUGAAUGAACGAUGGCCCCAUCCAGUUACCUGUCCAGUUGGCCCCUGCUCCUAACCCUGCUGCUGGGCGCCCUGCCUCCCUCUCUCCAGGAACAAGAGGAUGAGCACAGCAAACACCUUUACAACGCCGAGCUCUUAAACCACGCCGUGCAGAUCGCUCCUCACUUCAUCAUGUUCUUUGCACCUUGGUGUGGCCAUUGUCAGAGACUUCAGUCAACGUGGAAUGAACUAGGGGACAAAUAUAACAACAUGGAAAACCCUCCGGCAAACGUAGCGAAAGUUGACUGCACCAAAGAUACGCAGACCUGUUCAGAUCAGGGAGUCCGUGGAUAUCCUACACUGAAGUUGUUCAGACCUGACCAGGAGGCAGUGAAAUAUCAGGGACCACGAGACCUCCAAUCGCUGGAAACCUGGAUGCUUCAAACUCUGAAUGCUGAACCUGCUCAAAUAGAAUCUGAAGAGGAACCUCCCACGGUCCCAGAAGCCAAGCAGGGCUUGUAUGAACUAUCAGCUAAUAAUUUCAAGCUUCAUACUACACAAGGUUUUCACUUUAUCAAGUUCUUCGCUCCCUGGUGUGGGCACUGCAAAGCUCUGGCUCCAACCUGGGAACAGCUGGCAUCAAUGUUUGAGCAUUCAGACGUGAAAAUUGGCAAGGUUGAUUGCACUGCCCAUCAGCAGUUGUGCUCUCAGAACCAAGUGCGUGGGUACCCGACUCUACUUUGGUUUAAGGAUGGUGAAAAGGUUGAUCAAUACAAGGGAAAGAGAGACCUGGACUCUCUAAAGGAAUACGUGGAUUCCCAGUUAAAGGUAGCUGAACCUUCUGAAGAAGAUCAGGAAAGUGAUGAACAUAUUGAGGAAGAGGAUCGACCGGAGGAGGAGGAGGAGGAGGAGGAGGAGAAGGAACCGUACAGUGUGCUGACCUUGACUGAGAGUGACUUUGAGCAGAUCAUAGCCAUGGGGGUGACAUUUGUGAAGUUUUAUGCUCCCUGGUGUGGACAUUGCAAGAGUCUAGCACCAACCUGGGAGGAACUUGCCAAACAAGAAUUCCCUAGUCUAAAUGAUAUCAAAAUUGCAAAAGUGGACUGCACUGAACAGCGUUCCCUCUGCAAUAAGUACUCGGUCCGUGGUUAUCCAACAUUGUUGCUGUUCCGUGGUGGUCAGCAGUUGAGUGAGUACAACGGGGCAAGAGAUUUAGAAGCUCUUCACACCUUUAUCCUACAGCAAGCCAGAGAUGAACUGUAAAACUGUGUUGCCCAACCACCACCUCGUGUCACUGUUUACAAGAAUUAAGUGGUUAUUUUUUAAUGUGUAAACUUUUCUGUUGUCAUCAGUGUAUGUACAUAAAGGUUAAUGCCAACUUACCCACCUUCUACAAGAUGGAGGUUGGCUGCAGCUUUCACCAGAUAGUGGUGCCUUCUAUGUAUGUGGUACUGAAAGGUGAGAUUUCACUUAUUCCGUCACCCCUGUCUGCCAUCUUUUAACACUUCUGUGGAUGUGGUUCAUGUGUAGUUAUCAGACAAUCAUGUUACAUCAGUUGUAUCUGAUUAGCAAUGACAAUACGGUGGGGAGAAAACUAAACAGAAUACCUCAGUGUAUCACUAAGCCACGUUCACUUGCACAAGUUAAUAAAAAGGAAGUCAAGCCAGUUUAUUAUGUGAGCGAAUGAUAGUGUUGUAGUGUGUGAAAGUUUGUAUUGAAUAAAACAAGAGUGUGACUUGCAGUACCAGACAAUAUCCUUACGAGGAUUAAGUAAAUUAGUUGAAGGAUGAGCAUUUCAAAAUUCACUGAGUGAACAGAACUGGAUAACGUUGUAGUUACCAUUUUAUGUGGUAACACGUUGCAUCCCCUUUUGAGUUCCAAUUUGUGGGCUAAAAAUCUCCAGGAACACUCUGCUCUCAAUUGCAUUUAAUGAACGCAUUUUCUUUUUGAAAACUGUGCACUAGAGAAGGUGGCUGAAAGUGGUUGUUUUUCAUUUCAUGCCAAUUUUUAAAUUGAAAGGUCCCAAAAUGAAUUAAAGCAUCAAACAAGCCAAGUAAUCGAUUAAGCUGGUGGCCAUUGUCAGAGCACUUCUUGAAAGAAAGAACGUGAGUGCUUGAGAACGCAGCCCCAAAGAUGCAUAACUAUUUUACUAUACAUGCAAAUUGAGUGAGCAAACUGUAGAGGAAAACCACUUGAUUUUAACAUUGUUUAUUGUUAGCAUGUGUGUAUGGAGAAUGAAUUGUUCUUCAAGAGGGGUGGGGGAGCAGUAAAUGUGUGUGUGGUUGGCACUUAGCUUUUGUAUAAAACGAAUCAUUAAACAAAUGUGAUACUAUGUCAACAGUUUACACUACUUGGCAAUUUCUAAUAAAAAUUUCUUAACAAAA